AUGAUGAAAAAAAUACCUGGAUUCAAGUUCAACUUCAUAGUCGGCAACGCGUUUGAAAUAUUAGUUUCGCCAGAUGAAUUAUUCGACAAAGCAAGAAAAUGGGCAACAGACUUUAAAGGUAUAUAUGGAUUUUACAUGUACCCCAGUGCAUGUAUUAAUAUAUACAAUGCAGAUGACGUUAAAGUAAUACUUUCGACUUUCAAACAUCACCAGAAGAGUAUCAUCUAUAAUCUUCUAAAACCUUGGCUUCGGCAAGGUUUACUUCUUAGUAAAGGAUCGAAAUGGUUGGAGCGUCGCAAAAUUCUCACGCCAACAUUUCACUUCAAUGUCUUACAAAAAUAUUAUCCUAUCAUGGUGGAUAGCACGGAACGUCUUCUAGAAACCUUGGAUCAAACGAAAGAGGAUACUAUAGACAUAUGUCCGGUUAUUUCAGAUUUUGCUUUAAGUUCUAUCUGUGAAACCGCAAUGGGAACAAAGAUAAAUGAAUACGCAGACGGCAGGAAAUAUAAAGAAGCGAUACAUAGAAUAAGAAAAGUGAUAUACCAAAGAUUCGUAAAUAUCGUUCUGUCUGUAGACUUUAUAUUUCGCCUCACCUCGCUUAAGAAAGAAUAUACGAAAUAUCUAUCUAUAGUCCACGAUUUUACUAAAAACGUAAUUGAGAAUAGAAAACGAGAAAUGAAAAAUAUUUCAGAAACGGAAGUCAUGAGUAACGAGGGUAAUAACGAGAAUGUUUACUUUGGGAAGAAGCGGACAGCGUUUUUAGAUUUUUUGAUAUUGGCUCAAAGGAAAGGUCAGACCGAUGAAGUCGGUAUUCAGGAGGAGGUGGACACGUUUAUGUUUCGUGGUCAUGACACUGUUAGUGCAGCAUUGACUUACUCUUUGUUAUUAUUAGCGGAACAUACAUCAAUACAGAAUAAAGUGGUCGACGAGUUACAAAGGAUUUUCGGUGAUGACACCAGAAAAGCAACUAUGGACGACUUGGCUUUAAUGCACUAUCUUGAAUGUUGCAUCAAAGAGGGGAUGAGACUCUACCCACCAGUACCAUUUAUAAGUAGAAGGAUGACGGAGAGCGUAACUCUAAGCAAUUACACGGUACCCAGAGGUGCUAUGUGCCACAUUCAUAUUUACGACUUACACCGUCAAGAGAGCUUAUUCAACAAUGCUUCGACAUACGACCCUGACCGCUUCCUACCUGAAAAUAGUAUUGGAAGACACCCAUACGCCUAUGUUGCCUUCAGUGCUGGGCCCAGGAAUUGUAUAGGACAGAAGUUCGCAAUGAUCGAGAUGAAACUAGCCAUAUCAUCUAUCCUGAGGAGAUUCGAGCUGGUUCCGAUGAUAAAAACUGAAGACCUGAAGUUCACAGCUGACAUAAUUUUGAAAACUUCUCACCCUAUACAAAUUAAAUUCAUUAGACUGUUGAUAGUGAUUUUAUGCUCGGUGGAAUAUUUCGUGAAUAGAAAUGAAAACGCGAGAGCAAUCAAGAACGUUCCAGGCUUUAAGGACGUUUUCUUUUUCGGGAAUGCGUUGGCCGUUUUUGGAAUGAAUUCAGUGGGUUUAUUCAAUUUGGGCAGAGAGUGUGCGAAAAAGUUUAAUGGAAUAUAUCGCUUUUAUAGUUUAUCUAUCGCAGCUGUAAACAUUUAUAACCCGGAAGACGUUGAGAUCAUAACAUCAAGCAUGAAACAUCAUGAAAAGAGCAUAAUUUAUAAAUUCUUCGAAACUUGGCUGAAAGACGGUUUACUCAUUAGCAAUGGUUCAAAGUGGCAAGAAAGACGGAAGAUUCUCACUUCAGCGUUCCAUUUUAACAUUUUGCGCAAAUACUUUCCUAUACUUGGUGAGAAUAGCCAGAAACUUGUGAAGAUGGUGGAGAAGAGCAAUGGAGAGGCAAUAGACAUUGUUCCAGUUCUGUGUGACUUCACUCUAGACUCUAUAAGUGAAACUGCCAUGGGAGUAAAACUCGACAAAGACGUGACCGAUUCAGGAGACGCCUACAAGAACGCGGUAUACGAAACGAUAAAAACGCUGAUCCAUCGUUUUAUCAGAAUAUACCUGUAUCCGGAUUUUAUAUUCAACUGCAGUCCUCAAGGUAUUAAACAGUCCCGUUAUCUGACCAUCAUUCAUAGAUUCAUCGCAAAAGUUAUUAAGAAGAGGAAAGAAAAUAUCAGGGAUAAAGAAGAAGAAGACACUGCAACUGAUGAUAACGAUAACUUUGUUUACAAGAGGAAGAAAAGAGCUGCCAUGUUGGAUUUGCUGAUAUCAGCUCAGAAAGACGGUCUCAUUGAUGAUGAAGGGAUCGAAGCUGAAGUCAAUACUUUUAUGUUUGAGGGUCACGACACAACUGGCGCUGGUCUCACCUAUUGUCUAUUAACACUCGCUGAGCAUCCAGUUAUUCAGGACAAAGUACUUGAAGAACUACAAAGCAUUUUAACUGACAGCGAUGGUUAUGCGUCUGUAGAAGAUCUAGCCUCAAUGAACUAUUUGGAAAGGUGCAUUAAAGAGACCAUGAGAUUAUACCCACCCGUGCCUUUUAUCAGUCGUAAAUUAACCGAAACCGUGAAAUUAAGUAACUACCAAGUGCCGAAAGGAACGAUGUGCCACAUACACAUUUACGACAUGCAUCGCCAGGAGAGCCUAUUCAAAGAUGCCUUAAAGUUUGAUCCAGACCGAUUCCUGCCCGAAAACUCUGUCGGUCGACACCCCUACGCUUAUAUUCCGUUUAGUGCCGGCCCUAGGAACUGUAUUGGCCAAAAAUUCGCUAUGAUGGAGAUGAAAUCGGCGCUUUCUGCUAUUCUGAUGAGAUUCAAGGUGCUACCAGUUACGACGUCCGCAGACCUCGAGUUCACCGCUGAUUUAGUGCUUAGAAAUUCAAAGCCUGUAUAUCUAAAAUUUAUUAAACGAUAA